AUGGUUAUGCAUUUACCUCGAUAGCAUCGCUACGCGGACCUAUUCAUCAAAGUAUUUCAAGGCUGGGGUAGCACAGCAGCCGCCACCAGGUGCCCCGUGACCCGCAGACGAACCAUAGCCCAACCUCCGGAUAAGUCUCCGUCUCAACCCGCGUCUAUCCCAUGGCAUUUCGUUUCUUUGGCAAAUCCCUACUCUAUGGCCUGCCGCUCGGCAUCACCUUCCUCGAUUGCGUGGGCUAUGUGGCUAGAGUGGACGGGAUCUCCAUGCAACCCGCAUUGAAUCCGCUGCCCGAUGAGCGGGACUACGUGUUCCUGCUCCGUUGGGGCACGCACAAUAGCGCCAUUGAGCGGGGCGAUAUAAUAUCGCUUAUCUCACCGAAGGAUCCUGCUCAGAAGAUCAUAAAGCGCGUUGUGGGCUUGCAGGGCGACGUCGUCUCCACUCUGGGUUACAAACACGAGGUGGUGCGCGUUCCGGAUGGUCACUGUUGGGUGGAGGGCGACCACACGGGUCACUCGCUGGACAGCAACACCUUUGGUCCUGUGGCUCUGGGUCUGAUGUCAGCGCGUGCGGUAGCCAUUGUCUGGCCGCCGGUGCGUUGGCGUAUGUUGAAGAACGAGCUGCCGCGCCGAAGAAGACCUAUCCAGGCGGCCAAGACCACUAGCAACUAUUACAACUAGACUGAACCGGUGGAGAGCCUCCUUUUAAGAUAGUUCUAAAUCUGUACAUAUGUACAAAUCACCAAAAUAUAUUUUAUAAUCCA